AUGGCAUUUACAGAAGAAUUUGGCAAAUCUGACAACGAUAGUUAUGACUUGGAAGCUAUUUUAGGAGAACAUUUUGAUGAGAACAUUGACACAGAUAAUGAUAAUUUCUCUUUAGAUCCCCUGUGCGAUCUUGUGAUCGAAGCCUCAAAGUUGCAGAGUUCCUUUUUCGUUUGUCCUGUAUCAUCCCAAAACCAGCAAGAAGAGGAUGCAGAGCUGGAGAAACUGACAGACUUCAGCAACAUUAGUAUAGAAGAGUCAUAUAGUGGGCCACACAUAAAGUUUCCUCUGACAUUGUCUACUGUGAAGAAGAUGAUAGAAGCUUUCAAAACUGGACAGGUUUUACAUGCCAAGUAUACAUUACAGUUACUGCAUGAAAUAAGGAAUAAACUAAAACUGAUGCCUAAUAUUAGCCAAGCAACAACCAGCCUUGCCAAGCAGAUCACUAUAUGCGGGGAUCUUCAUGGCAAAAUAGAUGAUCUUUUUAUGAUUUUUUACAAGAAUGGUCUGCCUUCCACUGAAAAUCCUUACAUUUUCAAUGGUGAUUUUGUAGACAGAGGACCCAACUCAGUGGAGAUAGCACUUCUUUUAUUUUCAUUUAUCUUACUCUAUCCAAAUGAAGUCUACCUUAACAGAGGGAAUCAUGAAGAUCACAUUAUGAACUUAAGAUAUGGGUUCAUCAAGGAAGUCAUGAGUAAAUACAGAAAACAUGCAACCAAAGUUGUGAGGUUGUUUGAAGAUGUUUUUAGUUGGUUGCCACUAGCAACAAUCAUUGAUGCUAAAAUCUUAGUUGUUCACGGUGGCAUCUCAGAUAAAACAGAUCUAACAUAUAUGAAGAAUAUUGACAGACAUAAGCCUGGUGGGGAUUGGUCACUACUGUUAAAGCCUGGUGCUGAUUGGUCACUACUAUUAAAACCUGGUGGGGAUUGGUCACUACUGUUAAAGCCCGGUGCUGAUUGGUCACUACUAUUAAAACCUGGUGGGGAUUGGUCACUACUGUUAAAGCCUGGUGGUGAUUGGUCACUACUGUUAAAGCCUGGUGGUGAUUGGUCACUACUAUUAAAACCUGGUGGGGAUUGGUCACUACUGUUAAAGCCUGGUGGGGAUUGUUUAAGCAUUGUAGAAGAGUCAGCCAUACGAGAUUUACGAUAUAAAAUUAUUGCAAAUAAGAGUACAUUAAUGGAGGAGUUCUUAAAAUAUGACACCCAUAAAAAUGGCACAAUAACAGUUGGUGAAUGGGCACAGUGUAUGUCUGGUGUACUGGAUCUGCAGAUUCCGUGGAGAUCAUUCAAGGACAAGCUUGUGGAGGUUGAUGGUGAUGGACGUGUCAUGUAUGAAACAUGUGUAGAUCUGGAUGUCAUUCACAACUUAACCUCAGGGCCUAGUAUCACAGAAACAUUGUAUCGAAAUAAAACUAAUUUAGAAACAAUAUUCCGCAUAAUGGAUAAGGAUAACUCAGGUCAAAUUUCAAUGGAUGAGUUUGGAGAAGCGUGCAAGAUACUGGCAGAGCAUAUCAACAGCAGCAUAUCAGAUGAACAAGUACGCGACAUGGCGAAGAGUAUCGAUAUGAAUAAAGAUGGAUACAUAGACUUUAAUGAAUUCCUUGAAGCAUUCAGAUUAGUGGACCCCCAUUCUGGGAAAACGCUGGUCCCAUCACGGCCAGGUUCUUCCAGAAGUAUGUUGAAAGCUAAUGGGAAGACGAAGUCUAAAGAAAAUGUUAACAUGGUAUAG